GUUUUGUGAGUCCACUAAACAGGAACUGGCAGGUUUGCCAACGCAAAGCCCGCAAGCAUCGUCAUAAGUCUUCAGGUCUUGCUCCCAAGCAAAGACCAUGCUGGAUGGACGCGUCAGAGUCCAGCUCAGAAGAAGCUCCUCAAAAGUCGACAGCGUCGGUGGUCAAUUUGAGUGACUCUGAUGAUGUGGCCGCCAUCAACGGGACGAGACUGCUUUCCUGGCCUGACUCUGUCGGUGGGAAUAAACUAGGACAGCCCCUCAGGAAGAAGAGGACGGCCAAACGCAUGUCCUCACACAUCCCAGUCAGAUUACGAAAGAAGUUAAAAGUUUCUGGCAUGGAAUGGAAACAGAGGCCUCGGCUGUCCAGGUUGCAGCAUCCAUCAUCAUUGAACAGCGGGUUGAAUUCGCAGAUUGACGGAGGGAGGCUGAUGGGGAGCCAAAGUUGGAAAAGAAAGAUCUCAUUGGAGUCCGUACAACGCACAGAUGAGAUCAUGUCUGAGAGUGAAACCAGUAGUGUCUGCAGUGGUGACACGAGCCUUCUCACCAAUGAUGAAGGCAGACAAGGUGAUGAUGAGCAGAGCGAUUAUUUUUUUGAGGAUGACUUGCAGGAGUCUUUGCUCGCAGCUACCCAAUCACAAUUCCAGCGAUGACCACCUCUGGAACUCAAUCAACUUUCUGCAGCCUGCAUGGCCAAUUCAGAGAGGCACUCUAACCACUCAAAUGCUGACAUGGGAAACAAGAGUAAAAUGUCCAUCACAUCCUCAGCACCGCUGGUUUGUUGCUUCUGGAGCUGCACGGCCGGCAAAUGAGCCAAAAGGAAAGGAGACAUUUUAAAGAGACUAUCGUUUCCUUGUCUCUCCCUCGGCAUCGGAUGCAUUAAAAGAUCAAUGUGAGCGUCCGCUGAGAGGAGAUGCAGUCAGACCCGGCAAUCACCUGACAAAGGCACCUAGGAGGCGAGUGAAUGAGUGAUGCCUGCUCUGUCUGCUCCGCCACCUCCGCCACGGCUCUUCGUGUCCACCCGCGGGUGGAAGGCUGAUGAGGAAGACGACAGAUCACGCUGUCAUAAACUCUGUUUGAACUAUCUCUUUGUCACUCCCCUGAGGUCACAGGUCAGCCCGGAAUAAAGAUUCGCUAAAGGCAUCCCUCCCACUCGCAGUGGUGUGAUCUCAUUUUCUCGGCAGAUAGGAGCAACGUCAGCCUCCCUCUGAUCCACUUGGCGGGAGGGGAGUUUGGAUGGAGAUGUGGUGAACAGUCCUGUUGACCCUUGGAUGAGCAAAGGGGGCACGGCAGCCAAAAUGGGACUGAAUAUUGAUUGUGCUGCCAUUAUGAGAACACCACUCCCAAGCUAUUUUUACAGCCGAUGAAAGGAAGCAAGAGGGCAUUGCUGGUGAAGGCAAUUCCAUCUGUGACGUACUUCAGCUCCUAAAAAAAGAGGUGGAAUCCAAGUUGGGAGGGAUGAGGUAUGGAGGAGGAAGAAAACGCACAUGCCAUGAU